AUGGCAGACCAGACGAGCAUACAGUUGCAGAAAAGACCCGAAGGCGUUUCUUGCAAUGCGUGUCGACGCGUCAAGAUGAAAUGCGUUAGUUCUAAUUCUGCAUCGCCAACAUGUGAUCGUUGUGAAAGGUCAGGGAAACAAUGUAUGUACGAGACGCAUAGGAGAGGUAUGUGGCGUAGGAAUCAUGCAGGAAAAAGGGAAGAUCCACAGACUUCAACAAACAACAAUCCCGCAGAACCCUUGACUCGCGGGCACGAUGGCUUACUGCGGAGUAGUGGAGGGCUUGACAUCAAGAGUCUAUCUUCGGGUUCAUAUUCAGCGCCUUCCGGUUCUGAUCAGUCAUCUUUUCCGCCAGGCACCUUAGCCACCGCUCUCCAUGACGAAACAACAUUCGGAACGGAAUCCUCCAGUCGCUUCGAUCUGUCGAUGCAAAACUUCGAUAUAGCAACAGACCCAAUCAAGAUCCAUGAUCCUAUCGAGAUGGGACUGAUUAGUAGACCGUCUGCCCAAAUUCUCUUCGAGGGCUUCUUUGAACAUUUCAACUCGCUUGUUGAACUCCUAGAUCCAAAGCUAUACUCAUUUACAUAUACUAGAAGCCGAUCUAGCUUACUGUUCACGAUGCUGUUGUCCAUCGCAUCUAGUAUAUUCCAGCCUCAAUCUAACAAGGCAAUUAAAGCCCACUCCGAGGCUCUACUGGGUAGAGCUCUUCUGACUUGCCAUUCGACAAUAGAAAAUGUCUGGGCUAUCAUCUGCAUGUAUUACUGGAAAGAUGCAAAUGACAAGAGAGGGGAAACAUUGAUUGGCUUUGCCUCACGCAUGGCAUCCUACGCGGAAUGGAACACGACUCACCGGGACACCGCAGGUGGGGGUCAGCCCCUUGACUUAGGUGAGAUCAAAUUGCGACAAGAGCGAGACCGGCAGAGAGUUUUGGCCAUUCUUCAUUAUAACGAAAUGAGGUUGACUUACCUCACAAAACACACCCCACUUACAUCACUCAUUGUUCCCAAAACAGUGUCACGUACCUGGAUCUACCAGACAGAAUCAAGUUAUCGCCUAGGUGACUGUACAUCCGUCAGUAACCUCGAAAUGACCAACAUUGCCCAUGAUGUAUAUGAAAGUAUCACAAAAUCUGGAGAGCACCUCGGCUCCCACCAAAACGUUAUUGCUGACUUGGAGCACUCUCAUAAUGCUAUGGCAUCUUUCAACAUCAAGAUUGAUAAAUGGAGAGACGAAUGGUGUACUAUCUAUUCGAACUUUCCCAGCCUACAACCUCUCCAACAGCCCAUAACCCUUCUCCAACGCGACUACACGUGUUUGUACUUUAACACGUUAUAUCUGCAUAUGCUACUGGGAUCGGAGAAUAGAUCCUUCCACGGCGACCAAAUAACCCAUACGACUUGUAUCUGCUUCUCCAGCGCUUUCAGCAUUUUGCAACGGGCAGUUCAUUUCGGGGAGAUAAACGUCAUCUACUAUCUUUGGGAUAAUGCUCAUAGAAUGAUUGCAUAUGCGGCAAUGCUGGUUCCAAAAUUGCUGGCGCUAGGCAUUAAUGAACCUACCAUGCUAAAACACGAAACGACCUUGAUACUUGAUCAAGCAACUACAGCAUACCUCAUCGCGAGUAGGUCUAUGGGUAUUCGGGAAUCCGAUAUACCAGCCCAUAAGACAGGAGACAAGAACCGUGUAUCUACCCAAGCAAGACUCUUUUCAGCCAUCCUUACAAUAAUCAAUGACACCACAUCAUACGUCGAGGAAAGUUCUGAAGAUAGAGGACUACCUGACAUACAUUUCAACCCGGAUCUUCCAUGGCUUGAAGAAGAUCAAGUUCCAUUUAACUUCUUUGCCGAAGAUAGGAUGAAUCAUCUCCAAUUUCAAAAUAUCGGCUUUGAUGAUCACGAAAUUGAUCAGCCAGACUAUCUGAGUUCGUGUGCAUCACAAAGAUACGAGAGGCUAGACUUGCUGGAGGACAAGGAGUUUCUCGACUCUAUGUACGUCGAUGCAGGGUUACUCCCAUUGCACGAAUCAGGAAUUCUUUUUCGUUGUUCUUAA